AUGGCGCGCACAAAGGGCGUCGCCCGCAAGCGCACGACGCCGCCGACGGACUUUGUGCUGGGCCCCUACGACCUGGCUGAGGGCGACACUGUCAUCGGCAGGUUCCUGCUGGACAGAGGCAGCGACAUCAAGUGGUACUUUGGGGUGCUGAGAUUCAACACGGGCCCCGAAUUCAGGCAGUGCACCUACGCCAUCCACUACUGCGACGGGGAGGUGAAGAUGUACACAGCAGAGCUGAUGUACGACUUGCUGCGGGCCGGGCACAUCCGCAAGGCGGUGGCCGAGGGCGGCGGCGCGGCCGCGGCGACGGCGGCGGCGGCGCCAAAGGCGACCAAGGCGGCCAAGGCGGCCAAAGUUUCGGGGGCCGCCGAGCGCAAGGGUGCCGGCGGCGGCAGGGCAGCGAGGGCGGUCGGGCGCGGGAUGGCUCAGGCUGGGUACGCGCCGUCGUUUGGCGAUGGUGCAGUGGAGCCCGGCUGGAUGGGGACCAGGUUUCCCGCAGGGGCCACCUGUGAAGCCCCGGCGGGCGAGCGGGAGGAGGCGCUGCCGCCGCAUGGGGCGCCAGUUGGGGAGGGCCAGGCGCAGCAGCAGCAGCUCCGCCAGGACGCCUUCUCGCCGCCGCAGCAGCAGCAUUCCGCCUACAGCGUGCCUAUUGUGACGGGCUCAGCGCCGCUGAUUGGCAGCCACCAGUGGCAUUCCAUCACCACGCUCCCGCCUGAUGGUGCCAACAGCGGAGGUGGCCAGUAUGCAAGCGACCGCUUGCAGCAUCACGGCAGCAGCGCGACACAGCAGCAGCAGCAGCAGCAGCAGCAGCAGCAGCAGCAGCAGCAGCAGCAGCAGCAGCAGCAGCAGCAGCAGCAGCAGCAGGAGCUCGUCACCGCCGGGCAGCUCCUGCCUUUUGUGAAGCACUACAUGCAGCGGCUGACGACCAACGUUGUGCACGUGCUGUUCUGGGCGGUGGACGCGGCUGGGGAUGCGACACUGGCGGUGGUGGGCACAGACGUGAGGCAGACCGGCCACUUUGUUUACUCGACCGUCAGCGACUGGACGGCGGGGCCGCCCCUGCGCUGCACCAACAGAGGGGUGAUGGAGUACCUGACGGCUCUGGGGGCGGCCGAGCCCGCGCAGGAGGGGCAGCCCCUGCGCGUGCCACCGCUGGCGCCGCACCACUGGCAGCAGCUCAACAGCGCCGAACUCAGCUUCCAGAGGCCGCGGCUGGACAGGCCGUACGACAGCUGGCGCGAGGAGGUCGGCACGCUGCCCGACGGGCGCCACUACAAGAACUACUUUGUCGUCGACUCGGCACCGGGCGGGGAGCGCCUGAUGGUGGUCGCGGAGGACGGCGUGCGCAAGGACAGGCGGUACGCCUACAAGGCGGCGCCAGACCUGGGCGGGUGA